CUGGAAUUGACGGGCAUGGAUCUUCCACCCAGGAGGUCCCCCUGGCAUUGACUGACAUAGAUGGUGAGACUACUGUUGGGCUCGCUUUUCCUGGGCCAGUGUCCAUCAGCCAGGUGUUCAGCCCUUGGUGUGCUGAAGCUCCAGCCCUUCGUGGUGCCCUGGUCUCCUGCACUGAGCUGUGUGAGCUCUUCUGCCAAGGGGGUCCUCCUGGCAUUGACCAACAUAGAUGGUGAGCCUGGAGGAAGACUUGCAUUGGGCCCAAUGGCCCUGGGCCAGUGUCUGUCAGCCAGGUUCCCAGCCCCCGAUGUGCUGAAGCUCAGGCCUUUCCUGGCACCCUGGUCUCCUGCACUGAGCUGUGUGAGCUCUUCCAAGCAGGCAGGCUCCCUGGCAUUGACCGACAUAGUGAGUUCUGCCACCCAGGACAUCCCCCUGGCAUUGACUGGCAUAGUGAGCUUUUCCACCCAGGUGGGCCCCCUGGCAUUGACCGACAUAGAUGAUGAGACUGGAGGAAGACUUCCAUUGGGCCCACUUUUCCUGGGCCAGUGUCCGUCAGCCAGGUGCUCAGCCCCUGGUGUACUGAAGCUCCAGCCUUUCCUGACGCCCCAGUGUCCUGCACUAAGCUGUGUGAGCUCUACCACCCAGGAAGGCCCCUUGGCAUUGACUGGCAUAGAUAGUGAGACUGGAGGAAGCCUUGCAUUGGGCCUGCUGUUCCUGGGCCAGUGGCCACCAGCCUGGUGCCCAGCCCCUGAUGUGUUGAAGCUGAGGCCCUUCCUCGCACCCUGGUCUCCUGCACUGAGCUAUGUGAGCUCUUCUGCCCAGGUGGGGCCCAUGGCCUUACGUGACGUAGGAGCACGCAUUUCCUGAAGCCCUGCAGAGGUGAUGGUGGUCCAGGCAGGAAAGGGUUCCUUCAGCCCAACAUAGAGCAGCUCCCAGCUGAAACUCGAUAGGCUGGUCAGGCCUCGAGGACUGUCCAGGUCACAUGAGGCUGCUUCUGAGCCACGGAAUCACCUCCAGGGUGGCAGGGUCUUGAUCCCAAGGAAAGGAGAGGACACCAUGUGGUUUCCGAUUGACCAAGUGUGGCCUGGCUCUGUGUGUGGGAGGUGUAGGGCAAGAUGAGGACCCACCAGAGAAAGCACAUGGCUCUGGAGGCCCCCAGGCUUUGAUUUCUGAUGCUGAGCCUGGAGGAAGACUUGUGUUGGGCCCCCACAGGCCCCAGGCCAGUGUCCA